AUGGAAAGUUCCCGCGAACUUUGUCGUGCUAGCCAGCCGAUCGGCGCUGGACCACGCUUCGAGGGCGCGCGCUUGAGGAAGCGGAUGUCGAAAUACAUAACGCCACAGCCUAGGAUCUCGUCUGGAGGUGCGAAGAAGUCGAGAAGAGCAGCCCACGACUGCUCACACGUGCAGUGGCAAGUUUCAUAUCGGGGAAGCUCUUCGCUGGGUACAACUGAAAGGAAUAAAGCUGCUUUUUGUGAUAAGGAAGGUGGUGUUUUGGAAAAACGGGAUAUCGACGAUAAAAUACUGACACCUCUCAAUAAGAAACGAUCUGAUGUUGUAAAAGGAACACUUUCGCCAUUUCCGGCUGGAAAGACCAUGCAAAAAAUUAAGUGGAACUGCGAACUGGAAAAAAAAGCCAAAACAGCAUUGGAAACAGUGGCUCCUGCAACUUGUCUUGCUGGACCGACAGCACCAGCAGACAAUGCUGCCAUCUACCACACGGAUGCUGCUGGAGCUGCACUGGAUGUUUUAGUGCAGGGAAUGCUCGGCAAAGUUGAUACGCUCGCAAAAGCUACUGAUUUUGAUGAGAACAACGGCAAUGUUGUGGUUGUAGCUCCUAACGGCGCUAUGGAUCUUAUUCGAUCAGAUACGACAGAAAUUGGAUGUGCUGUUAAAGAAUGCGAUGAUGACGCCACACCUGCAGUAAAGCACAGUAAUGUGUAUUGCCUUACUAAUCAAAAAGCUCUCGCUAAAGACGAUUCUAUCUAUCCGUUAUCCGGAGGAGGUUGCAAAGCUGAUGCGGACUGCGCUGCUGACAAAAACGAAACUUGUGACACCACUUUGGGACUAUGUGAGGUGCCCGAAACCACCGCAGUGCUACCUAAAGGAAAGAAUACUCUCUGCUCAAAGAACGAAGGAAUGACCGAUGCUCUCAGAACGCAGUUUCUAGAUAUGCAUAACUACAGGAGAAGCAUACUCGCAAAAGGCCAGGUUCAGAGACCGAGUGGGAAUUAUUUGCCAACGGGAGCAAAUAUCAUAAAAUUGAAAACUAAUUGCACUAUGGAAAAAGAAGCUAUUGAAGAAGUACGAGAUUGUCCGACUCUUAAGGAAGCGCAUGGUACGUAUGGUAAAAACUUUGAUAGGUUCUCAUCGAGUACCGCUAUAAGGAACUACGAAGAUGCAGUCAAAAAGGCUGUGACAAAUUGGUGGAAAGUGGUUCGCACGGAUAACACGGGACCAGGAAUGCAGGUGACAUUCCGUGACAACCAUGUUGGAACACCUGUAGAAACGUAUGCCCAGAUCGCCUGGGCUGAUACCAAAGAGAUUGGAUGUGCUAUAGCCAAUUGCUCAUCGGCCUACACCGUUAUAUGUCUUUAUAGUCCAAAAGGUAACAUUCCGGACCAAGUUUUAUACAAGACUGGAAAGACCUGCUCUGCUUGUCCCAGUGGGACGAAAUGCGACAGCGGUCUUGGGCUCUGUGUCUAG